AUGAAAGACAGAGAGAAUACAUUUGCAUUAUCCCCAUUUAUUAGUGAUAAUAUCUGGUCGUACAUGAAUAGUAAGGACUGGAAGAUUAUUGGAAACUCUUUCAGAACUCGGUCGAACAGCAUAAACAGCCAGCCACCCAAGUAUGCUGCUCCUGUUGAGCAAAAAGAGGGCAGAAAAAGAAGUAUGUCCCUAAAUAAUAUAAAUUUUUACAAUGCAUUUCCAGAAAUGGGGCAUGAUAGUGACGAUAAAAUAGUGUCUAAGGACACAAAUACGCACAGAGCCACCCAGCAGAUACUUUCGGAAAAGGGGUGCCUUGCACACCUUCGAAGACACUCUCUUGACCCGAGCAUGUUUGCCUCUGUAGCGCAGAGUGCGAUAGAAAUAACCAGAAAUACAGGAUACUUUGGCAGCAGCGUAUGCAUAGUGCAGUUUGGCAGCGGAGGCAGGUGUUUUGGAAUAUACAAGAAUCUCUUUCUGGUGAAGGGGGCUUUUGUUAUUAUAGAGGCCGAUAGGGGGGAGGAUUGCGGAUCUGUCAUUGUUGAUGUAAUCGACACAAACUGCAUAUCAGAGCUGGCAGAGAAAUAUAACAUAGCAACGAUUGAAACAAAAAAAAUAUACAGAGUCGCAACCGACAAGGAUAAGCUUAUGCUACUAGAGCAGAACGAGUUAGAACAAAUAGCUGUAAAUAGUUGCCGAGAAAAGGUAAAAGAAAAGAAAUUGCCAAUGGAAAUUGUUAGUGCAGAGUACCAGUGGGAUAGAAACAAGCUGACUUUCCACUUCAAAAGCGACAAAAGAAUUGACUUUAGAGAGCUAGUUAAAGAACUAUAUAAGACAUACAAAACAAGAAUAUGGAUGUGCGCAGUCGAAAAGAAAGGAGGCAAAAAUAUAAUAUACAAACAUGAAUGA